UUGGUUUGCCAACCGCCAUUAAAACAAAAAGAAGAAUAAGCAGGACGUGCUGCACUGUUAAAUAGCCGAGGAAGAGGGACGGUGUAUGCAAGUGUCGUUCGUUACAGUUUAUUUUCCAAAAAUGGUGUUAAAGUGUGCGUUUCCUGGAUGCCAGAACCUUGAGAAAUCAGCGAGAGUACGCAAAAGUGCAUUCCCGAGUCCGCCAGAUGAAAGGCUGACCUUUCACAGAUUCCCAGUGAAUGAUCCUGAGCGUCUGAAGCUGUGGUUGCUCUCUGUUCAUCAGGACAUCACUUUACCCCUUCACUGUGUCAGACAGAUGAGGCUGUGCAGUCAACAUUUCACACCAGACGAUUUUAGAGCAGAUGAGGGGAAGAUACGACGGUAUCUGAAGAAAACGGCUGUUCCUGUGAUGUUUAUACAACACUUCAAGCAGGAGGACUGUGAGAGGGAGUUAAAAGCAGAGUUACUGUCGCUUGCUUGUGAGACGUCUCCUAAAAGAGAAAGUUCACCUACUCCUGUCACAGCAUGUUCUGAGGUGGAAAAAAGCUCAUGGCUUAAAGUCAUGCAGGACUGCCAGAGUUGUGGCCACGACAGCGAUUUGAAGAGUCACCCAGCCUCAGCCGAACCUGCGCAGACGUUCAUUAAUGGGUCAGAACAUACACUGAAGUGUGAAGAUGAUAAGGAGGUUGUGGUUCAGAUCGUGUCGUCAGAUAACGAGUGCAGUGAGCAGGUGUUUAUUGAAGAGGACGGGUCAUAUUUAUCUAGUGAUGAUGAAGAAGCAAGUCUGCAGGAAGAGGAAGUGAAAAAGAAACGAAAGAGGAAGUCUAAAAGUAAAGACAGUUCAGAUGAGUGGGAGCCAGGUUUAGAUGAAGAGGCCACAGACUCCGAUGUGUCCAAUGAGGAAGCUUUAAAGGAGGACGGUCAGGGUAACCUUGUGGUGUGGUGUACACAAUGUGGGACCGAGGCCUCGCUCUCCUGUUCUGUUCACGGACACAAAAAGGUGUUCUGCUGCGCUCGAUGCGGUGCAGGUGACGACAUUCAAACACGUAAUAUUGAAACACUUCCUGUCCGGUUUGAUGACGUCGCCGGGUUUCAGAAACAUGCUGAACAGGAGCACGGAGCCAAACCUUUCUAUACACUGUGUCAGGACUGUGGCAAGUUUUUUACAGCAAAAAAAGAGCAUGUAUGUGAACAUAAAAUCAAAUUUAUCGUCUGUCCAGAGUGCGGGAAAAGGUUCCUCUCCGAGGCCGGCUUAAAGUUGCACCACACUCAGCUCCAUUCGGAUUACGAUCACCCGUGUAAAUACUGUCUGAAGGUCUUCAAAACCAAGUCUGCGAAACUGGAACACGAGCAGACUCAUCCUAAAGAAAGUCAACCAUACCGCUGUCCAGAUUGUCCAAAAAGGUUUUCCAACAUUCAUAAACGUAACAGACAUGUCCGGUCCCAUAGAGGUUCGCAAAAAAAUGUGUGUGACGUAUGUAAGAAGAGCUUUAAGGAUGCGUACAGGCUGAAGAGGCAUAAGCUCAUCCACUCUGGAGAACAGCCUUUCAAAUGCCAAGUGUGUGAGCGGUCCUUCAACCAGAUGGUAAACCUCACUUCCCACAUGCGGGUCCACACUGGAGAGAAACCUUUCACGUGUGAGCAAUGCGGAGAGUCGUUCAGUCACAACGUCAGCCUGAAGAACCACAAGCAACGACACCAUGACUCAGGAGGACAAAGUGAUGAAUGACUUAGAGCAGGAUGUCCCCAAGAAAAUGCAGGGCCACUAGAUCUCCUGUUUUGUUUCAUUUCAUUAGAAAUAUCGAGCCCUGUGUAGGAUAAACAGUAUGGUAAAUGGAUGGAUAACCAGACCCUCUGAUUCACUGUAUCACACCACCACCAUGUCGUUCUUUACCUUUAACAACACAGCACUUCCUCUAGACUGGUUCAGCCCAAGGAAUAUUCUUAUGUUUGUUUGUUUGUUUUAGGUAUUUGUGUUAAAUACAGUAUAUGUAUGUUGCUGAUUUUAAAAAUGGUCUAAAUAUUCAACAGUUCAAAUUCAUAAUGAAUAGUUAUUAAAGCCUAUUAAGGUACUGUGUAUAUUUACUGCAUACAUAAGCUGUUUUUUCAGGAAUACUCUUGGAUAUGGCAGGCUUUUGAAGCUCACCUCCAGCGGCCUUCUUUCCAGUCGUCAUGCUCCUGUAGUCAAACACCAGAAUGACGCUCCGUGUUAUUUAUUCACCAGGUGGAAAAUCGAAAUGUGCAUUUUGGUCAUUUUAUGGUUUAGGUUCUUGACAGACAUAAUGAUGACGUUCUUUUAAUUGAAGCCUGCAUUGAAAAACCUGUCUUCGAGCACUCUUCUGCUGUUAUUUUUAUAAUUCAGACUGUGCUGUCUCUCUCAUUUUCCUGCACAAUAAACACAAAUUACAGAACCA